UAACCGUACUCGUAACCCCCAUUCGUGUAUCGUGUGUUCCGUUAGUGUUUCAAAAUAAAAUAAUUAAGAGAAAUACAUAUAUAUAUUUUUUUUGUCGAUUUGUUGGUUCUUGUAACGCGCGCGGCGCAGCUUCCAACGGAUACAGAGCUAUAACACCUGUAUCUACUCCCAAUUAUAUAUAUAUAUAUAUAUAAACAGAUAUAUAUGCAUGUAUAUAUGUAGAAAUAUAUCUGCCUGGAUCGCAUAGAUCGUACUAUUUUUUUGAAGUGUUACAUCCCCCAAGUGCUACCAAAAUGCCUUACAACAGCGUCACGCUUUAGUGUCCCAAGUGCAACUUACCGGAGUUACCAGAGCGUCCCUAGGGAGCCGCUAUUAAUAGGAGAGCGAUAGCGAGCAGUGUUGGUUAACAGCCCAAGCAACACAAUCAACAGACAAUCAACAUUAUCCAACACACGCCAGUUCUGCUUCUUCUACAACCACAACAACGACAACAACAAUUUCUUCCGGCUCUUCAGCUGCAAUAACAGCCAAACGAUUGUGCAUUUUAUGAGCGAGCGUGCGAUUCGUGCUGGUCGUCGCUGUCGUCGGUUGAUGUCUCGGAUGUCGCCGAUGUGGAUGUGGAUGUCGACCGGUGCCGGUGGCCAAAACAUUCAGUUGAAUUCAACGCUGUGAGCAACACACGCUGGAAGCGCCGAUGGAACCGCGUCGCGACGCAGCGGCAACGGCAGCAGCGGCAGCGACAACAACAAAAACAACAGCUAAAGAAACAAAAGCAACAACAAUAUUUGCACAAAAGCAACAACAGCAACUGCAACAAAAACUACAACCACAAACAACAGUCAGCUAAAAAGAAAGAAAAAAAAAAACGUUUUAUUAACAACAAUUUGUGAUAACCGAGAGAGACAACAACAACAACAACAAAAACUACAACAAACAACAACAACAACAACAACAAGUAGACGCGAGUGUCCAAAACAAAAACAACAUUUAUAUACUUAUACAAAAUAUAUAUAUCCACAUAUAUAUCUAUAUUUAUACAAAGCGCAUAUACAAACACAACAAAAAAUUAAUAAUAAUUAAACAUAAAAAUCAAACAAUAAAUAUUUAAUUAACAACAAAAAGCAGUCCAACAAAUGCAACGCGUAGGCCUUCAACUGUGAUUUACAAAUAAAAUAUAUUAAAAACAAAACAAAACAAAACCGCAACAAAUAAAGUUUUAAAAAAGUUCUACUAUAAAAAAAAAAAGUGGCGAGAAAAAAAAGAAGUCUACAAAUAAAAUAACGAGUUACGAGUGCUUUUUUUUAGUUUUUAUUAUUAUUCUUAUUAUUAUUUACGUUUCGUUUUGUGUGUUGAAUUCGAUAUCCAAUUAGAAUACGCGCCCCAAUAAGAAGCAGCAGCAGCAGCAGCAGCAGCAGCAGCCAAACAAUGUUCAACUCCAAUAUACCGGCCGCCGCGCUGCUGAGCAUCGAGGGCAGCGGCCUUGGCGCUCACACGCCCAAAACUCCAGAGAUACUCAACUCGCUGAUCGCGAUGACAAAUCCUUUGGACAACUUCAAUUUCAAUGGCUCCGGCACUUGCAGCGCCGCCUCCACGCCGGUGGUCACCAUACGCAACUUUUGCGGCAAUGCGAACGGACAGUCGCACUCGCAGGACAGCAGUCAUUCCAGUUGCUCGGCAUCGCCGCUCGAUUCGCCGGCGGGCACGGCGACCACGCCCAGUGUGCAACAGACCUGUUCGCAGCUGAUCAAAGCCGGCCUCAAGCUGUCCAUUCAAAGCAAACGCAAGCUGUCCACAUGCGACUCCAGCUCCGGCUCCGAGCAGCCGAACUCGAAGUGUUCGCGCCGCGACGAGGACUGCGAGGAGUCCAGCGAUGAUGAUAGCGAAACCAAGUCGGUGCCGAAGGGGCUGACGCCCGAGGAUGAGGAUCGCCGGCGUCGGCGUCGUGAGCGCAACAAAAUCGCGGCCACCAAAUGCCGCAUGAAGAAGCGCGAACGCACCCAGAACCUGAUCAAAGAGUCCGAGGUGCUCGAUACCCAAAACGUUGACCUGAAGAAUCAGGUGCGCACCCUGGAAACGGAUCGUCGACGUCUGCUCGAGAUGCUGCAGGCGCAUUCGCCGGGCUGUGUCAAGCGCGGCGGCUGCCAGCUGCCAUCCAAGCUGCUGCAAUCGCCGGCAAACAAGUAUCUCGCCGAACUGGAGCUGGAGGGGCUGCUCAAUGGCGAUGCGGCAGGCAGCGCAGCCAACACGCCCACGCAGCGGCAACUUCAGCAACAGCAGCAGCAACAUCAGCAGCAGCAGCAACAGCAACAGCAACAGCAGCAGCAGCAACAGCAACGCAUGCAGAGCAUACCAUCCAUGUCGACAUUUAAGUUUGGCAGCAAGACGCCAGCAGUUAUGGCAGCAGCGGUAGCAGCAGCACAGGCACAACAGCAACAGCAACAGCAGCAGCAGCAGCAGCAACAGUUGCAACAGCAACAGUUGCCGAAUGGCUAUUGCAAGC